AUGGCUUCAACCGAACGCUCUGGCGCCCGUCUGCGCAGAGAGACCGAGCGACGAACCUCUUUGGUGAUCAACCGUCGAUUUGACGUUCGAAAAGUCGAUUCUAGGGCUCGAGCCACACAGUGCGUACGUAUUGCGAAGAACCAGGUUGCGCUUGAGGAGGAGUAUAAAACUACAGGAGUAUAA